GCGCGCCGACGUUCCGCUGCUCCCGGCGCAACCGGAAGUGGCCGGGCCCAAGGCGGAGGGACCCGGCGGAGCGGAAGUCAUUCCGUGAGGCAGUGGCGACGGCGGCGGCGAGAGGAUGAACAACAAGUUCGACGCCUUGAAAGAUGACGACAGUGGGGACCAUGAUCAGAAUGAAGAAAACAGCACACAGAAAGAUGGUGAGAAGGAAAAAACGGAACGAGACAAGAGUCAAAGCAGCAGCAAGAGGAAAGCUGUUGUUCCUGGACCAGCAGAGCAUCCCCUGCAGUACAACUACACUUUCUGGUACUCCAGGAGAACCCCCGGCCGGCCCACCAGCUCACAGAGCUAUGAGCAGAAUAUCAAACAGAUUGGCACCUUUGCCUCUGUGGAGCAGUUCUGGCGGUUUUACAGCCACAUGGUACGUCCCGGGGACCUGACAGGCCACAGUGACUUCCAUCUCUUCAAAGAAGGAAUUAAGCCCAUGUGGGAGGACGAUGCAAAUAAAAGUGGUGGCAAGUGGAUUAUUCGGCUGCGGAAGGGCUUGGCAUCCCGUUGUUGGGAGAAUCUCAUCCUGGCCAUGUUGGGGGAACAGUUCAUGGUUGGGGAGGAGAUCUGUGGGGCUGUGGUCUCUGUGCGGUUUCAGGAGGACAUUAUUUCAAUAUGGAAUAAGACAGCCAGCGACCAAGCAACCACAGCCCGGAUCCGGGAUACGCUUCGGCGAGUGCUUAACCUACCUCCCAACACCAUCAUGGAAUACAAAACCCACACCGACAGCAUCAAGGCCUGGGAGGAGUUUCAUGGCCUGGUGAACAGCAGCGGCCGCUGAUCGGACGCUCCCCCUCUGUUUCUCACACUCAGGGGACAAUUCAAGCUUUCGAAAUACAAAAAUCACAUUGUGAAAGUACACAAGCUGGCAAUAAUCCUUUUCUGUGUGUGUGUGUGCGUGUGUCCGCAACGGAUGAGAGGUCUCCGGCCAGUCCUCCCAUCUGUUCCCUGAAGGGACGGCCUGAGCCGUGGGCUCCCGUUUUGCACUCACUCCUGGAGGAGGGAUUCCACUAGACGCCUCCAGCAUCGCUGACUUUAUACAGUGGAGAAACGGAAAACGCGACUUUGUAAUAGACACACUUGGUUUUUUAAUGGGGAUCGUGGGGGGAGUCCAGCCUUUCAUUUGCUGUAUGCUGUCCAGACGCUGCCAGGCCUUCUGUGCUUUCAUACUGUGCGAGGGGUCGUGACCCCGCGUGUGCGCCAGCGCUGUCACUGAGACUUACCAGUAUUAGGAAUGUCUGUGCACCCAGGAAAAGCUUUUUGUUGGAGAGUCCGGAAUAGCUGUAAAUGCUCUCUCGUAGCUCUACCAUUAAAUUAUUCGGACAUUUUGUUUCUUUCUCUCCCCUCUCCCCCAGCCCUGCCACUUUCUGAACACGUGUCACUGGUGUGCUGGCUGUCCAGGAUUUUGUGUUGUCUCCUGCCUUAUGCCCUCCAGUCUUCCCGCCUGUGGCACUCUCUCCUUCCUUCAUAGGCACUGCCGCACUUAGAAUUUUAAUCCAGUGGGCCACACUGGGUUCACUGAGGCAGCUUAGAAGGUAUGCCUCAUUAAAUGAAACUGGCACAGAACCCAAUUUGAUUUAGGUGAUGAUAUACGUUCCCAGUGGAGGAUUUGGAGCAGAGGGCAACGACUGCAAUCGUUUUCCCACGCGAGCAGGGCCUGGGGUCAGGCCCGUCUCUGGGCUCUUGCAUGCCUCGUGUUGAGAAAGGGAAGUGAAGUGGCUGUUCCAAGUGUGUUCGCGCUUACCAUGAUAAAUCCUGGUCCAGAAACUGGGACAUUGGAGAAAAGGUGACCUGGAUGGAUGGCCUUGUAUGCAUGGCGGCGCCUGUCUGCAGUGGUUGGGAAGCCUGCUCUGUUUUAUCGCCUGUAUGUAUGUUGGCAGUGUAUGCUGACCUCUGAUGUCUGGACAGGCACCUCUUGAAGGCUGCUGCAGGCGUGCUUUAGGAAUGGCCCGUCACUCAGAGAAGCUGGCUGAUCUGGUUCCAGGACUGAAGUCAGGCCAGCAGAGUAGCUAGGAUUCAGAGAAGUCACAAGGAGGAGUCCGGCAGCAACCUCCAAGUAGCACUGUCUUACUUGGCUCUUGUGAGCAAAGAUUGCAGUACCUUAAAUUAAGGCCUGUCUUUAAAACAUAUCCUUGAUGGCUAGGGGGCUCCUUAGCCACCUGGUCUCAGUGAAAUCAUAUGAGAGUAAUAAGCAUUUCUUUCCUUACUGUAUUUAUAUUACUCUCUUCCUACUUUCCAGCUCCUGAACACCCUCUAGCUGCCACUGUUUUGGAGAUGCUUUUCCUAAAAGAAUAGGGGAGUACAGGGGCCAAAAGGGAGGUGCUUCCACUACAGGUGAAGUUAGGUUGGCUAGGAAGAUCUCGCAGUGAUUUAGACUCCUGGAAUACAAAGAAUGAAUUUUGGUGUCCAGACAAUUAUGAAGGGCUUAGGCAAAUAUAGGAGCAACAUUGGCUAAAACGGGAAGCAAAGGCAGCCUCCCAAGAUUUGUUUAGACCCCAGCGAGGCCUUCACGUUUGCCUAAACUCAGAUUUGCCAUGAAA